AUGUUGGCCUUGACGAGUCGCACGGCGUCGCUCAAGGCGCAGCUCCACACGCGCAUCCAGCACGCGACGUCGCGGAACGAGGCGGCGGCCCAUGCGAUCGCCGCGAUGCAAAUCGAGCUCAAGAUGAAAGCCAUGCGCAUCAAGCACGCCGAGCGCCAGGUGGCCAAAAUGCACGCGGUGCACACGCUGCAGAUGAAGCGCCUCAUCAAGAAGGACCUCGUGCACCUCACUCGCACCGACAGCAUUCGCAGCAAAUUGGAUGCGAGUCAGUCGAUCGUAAACAAGCUACAGGCGGAGAACGACGCCUUGGACGAGAAGAUAUCGCUAGUUGAUGACGCGAUUGGUGCGCUGCUGAAGCAGUACGAGGCCGCCAUCGAGUCGCACGCGACAAGUGUCCAGCGGCUCUUCGACGAACAAUUGUCGAUGCGCAAAGUGGAUUUUGAAGUCGAGACCGUUGAAGACGUGCACGCGAUUAUGGAGGACUUUCAGUACAUCCUGAGUCAACACACACCCGAGCGACGGUUUGUGCUCAAGUCCAAGCACCUGACGCUGAGCACGCUACGGCCCACCCACCUCACCGCGAUGAGCGAGAUCCUCGUCGCCUACUUGCCCAUCAAGCUGCUACCGGUCAGUGUGACGCUGCACAAGCGGGUGUACAGCAAGGUCGUGCGCCGAGCCACCAUGCCGGUUCUGCCAGUUGCCGCACUCACGCCCCUCGAGCAGCUCGAGUACGACGCCCUCGGAGCGUCAAGCGACUCGUCGUACGUGGACCCUAACCUCCAUCUCCCGUCAUGCCCAAGGAGUCCUGCGGCUCGGCGCUGGGACUAA